AUGUAUAAGAUAUCUGGUGGAGCAACAGCAGCUAAUUUAGUUACAGGAAGUAAUUUUCCUUACUUUUUCUCUUCCAACAUCAACGAUGUUUCCCUCAACAUUGUACGAUUAGAAUUCAUUCAAAGAUAUCAAUGGCAAAGAAUUGCUGUUAUUAUGCAAACAACUAGCAGUUUAUAUCUUUCGGGAGGCCAAGAUUUCGUUAAAGGACUACAUGAUAAAAAUUUUACAGUCGUAGCUGAAGAAUCAUUUGCCACAAAUCCAGAGCGUUCUGUUGAAUCACUGCAGAAUAAAGACGCAAGAAUUGUAUUCAUAUUUUCUGAUGUACGCAAUGCUGCUAACAUCCUAUGUAAGGCUUAUAAAUUGGGAAUGUAUGGAGAAAAUUAUGCGUACCUCCUGCUUAAUAUUUACUUCCCUAGCUGGAUUGAUAUUUCUGCUAGCCUGACGAAUUGUACGAGUGAUCAGCUAUGGACAGUAGCUAGAAAUUAUUUCACAUUUGCACCUUUCUUUGGAUAUCGUUCUAAUCCUACCAUAGUUUCGGGACGUACAUAUAAACAACAUCUUGAAGAUUAUAGAAAAUUUACUGCACAAUAUGAUCCUGUCGAUGGCUAUAACAGGGCUGUCUAUGACUCUGUUUAUGCACUUGCCCUGGCACUAAAUAAGACAGAAGAGCGGCUACGAUCAUAUAAUAUGAGCUUAAGCGACUUUCAUUAUAAUAAUACCUUCAUAUUCAAUAUUUUAUUUAAGGCAUUGAAGGAAACACAAUUUCUUGGUGCUAGUGGGCCAUUUCGAUUCUAUUCACGAUCGAGAAUUGGGAAUGUCGAUAUUAUCCAAUAUCAAAAUAUCUCAGGCAGCUUUAAAGAAGUUACUAUUGGUAACUACCUAGGGGCGAAUAGUAACAUCGUUCUCAUGAAAGAGAAAAUAAUCUGGCCAGGAGGAAAAAUACCUAGUGACCAUGUAGAAAUUAAAACUGAAAAAGUUCCCAUUUCCUAUCAAACUUUUUUGAUUUUCCUAAUAUUAUCCGUUAUUGGAAUUGCAGUUACUGUAACAUUUCUAUUAUUCAAUAUUGCUUUCCGACUUGAAAGAGUCAUUAAAAUGUCAAGCCCUAAGAUUAAUAACCUGUUCCUGCUUGGCUGCAUAUUAUGCUAUGUCUCGGUUGUCAUCCAUGGCAGCGAAGCCAUUAAUUAUCAAUCUUUACCAGCGUUACAAGUAAUUUGCACUGCUCGCAUAUGGACAUUGAUAAUUGGUUUUACUCUUGCUUUUGGCUCGUUAUUCUCCAAAAUGUGGCGAGUGUAUAAGAUUUUUACGAAUAAAACUGCAAAGUCUGUGAUUAUCAGAGAUAGGCAAUUGUUUUCCAUUACGGUUAUUCUAGCUCUAAUCGACCUAGUUUUGCUAACAUUAUGGCAAAUUAUUGAUCCGCUAGUUCCAACUUGGCAGGUCGUUAACCUUACGACUAUGCGUACGCAGUCGAAUAUUCUAAUUCGAGAAAGCUACCUGAUUUGUACCUGCAGCAAUAUCACCAUCUGGAUUGGAAUCACUUUGGCUUACAAAUUUGUAGUCUUAAUAUUUGGUGCUUUCUUGUCGUGGGAAACACGGAGCGUCAACAUUCCAGCUUUAAACGAUUCCUAUCACGUUGGCUUAUCUAUUUAUAAUGUAGUUAUAAUUUGCACGAUCGGAUUUUUAAUCAAUAUCCUUGUUCCAGUUACACCGCAGACUGCUUUUGUUGUUACUGGUACUUUUAUUAUAUUUUGCACAACAUCCAUUGUCUGUUUCAUAUUUUUUCCUAAGGUUAAAUCCAAGCUCAAUCCCACCGUUACUUAUGGCUUAUCGCGAAGGAUCUACCCUGAAGCAGCGGGUGAAAUACGCAGUAAGAUUCCUGAAACUUUGGGUUCGGAAUAAUUCUAAAUGAUUGAAAAUGCAGUGUUGAAGAUAAUCAAGUGUUACUAGUCAAAUGAACAGCUGUCUCCUCAGCUAAGCUGUGACCUCGAAAAAUUAUCAUUUUAAAAUACUCCGUGCAGUGAUUGGGAAAAGCAUACAUGCAGUAGAAAACUAUGUUGGUCAAGCGUUUCC